CUCCUUCUGUUCUUCGUUACGGAAACAGCUGAUUGUAAAUACCAACAAAGACUCCAUUUUUACUGUUAAAUGAGAAUCACCAUUGAAACACAACAUCACAUUCUGAAAUAAUCUUUCUGAUGAGCUUUUCAACGAAGUAAUUGACGAUCCCAUUGAGCCAAAAAUGGAAUCUUCCAGUGAAAAUCUUGUCAAAACUCUUUUAAGGAACCCAUCUUCCAUCAAAACAAAGUCACAAGCUAAGCAACUCCAUGCCCAAAUAGUGAAAACAAGAGGGUCAAGGUCUGUUUCACUUGCCACUAUCAUUCUUGGCAUUUACUCUGACCUUAACCUUCUUAAAGAAUCUUUAGAAGUUUUUAACAACUUUCGUUAUGUACCCACUAAAGCUUGGAAGUCUGUUGUUAGGUGUUACUCUUGUAAUGGUCAUUUUCGUGAUUCUUUAGCUUGUUUUGUUGAAAUGAGGGGUUGGGGAAAGUUGCCAGGUAGUGAUGUUUUCCCUUCUGUUGUAAGAGCAUGUACCCAUUUGAAGGAAUUGAGGGUUGGUGAGUCUGUUCAUGGUUGUGUUAUCAGGUUUGGUAUGGAAUCUGAUCUUUAUACUGGGAAUGCUCUUAUGAAUAUGUAUGCAAAAUUGCAGGUUUCAUUACUUGACUGCCAUGUGUUUGAUGAAAUUCCCCAAUCAGACCGCGGUAAUAGUGGUAGAAGCAGUUUGGGUCAAGAUUCUGAGAUUGGAAUUGAUGGCAUUGGAAAAGUACCGGUUUUGCAUCAGGAGACAAGAAAUGAGUUGAUAAGGAGUGAAAAAGCUCAUUUUGAGUCUUUAAGUGGAAGGAGAGUGAAAAAUGCUAAAGGAUUAGAUAGUGUGAGUAAGAUUUUUCAAAUGAUGCCGGAUAAAGAUGUUGUUUCGUGGAAUACGGUGAUUGGUGGAAAUGUACAAACUGGGUUGUAUGAAGAAGCUCUGGAAAGGUUAAGGGAGAUGAGCAAUGCCUAUUUGAAGCCUGACUGUUUUACUUUGUCAAGUGUCCUUCCUGUCUUUGCGAGGCAUGUAGAUGUCUUAAAGGGAAAAGAGAUUCAUGGUUAUGCAAUUAGACACGGAUUUGACAAAGAUGAGUUUAUUGGGAGUAGUUUAAUUGAUAUGUACGCAACUUGUACCAGGGUUGAGGAUUCUUAUAGGGUGUUUAAUUUAUUAUCAGAAAAGGAUGACGUUUCAUGGAACUCAAUAAUAGCAGGAUGUGUGCAAAAUGGUACUUUUGAUGAAGGGCUGGGACUGUUUAGGCAGAUGUUAGCAGCUAAUGUCAAGCCUGUGGAAGUUUCUUUCUCAGCUAUACUGCCUGCCUGUGCUCAUUUGACAACACUACAUCUGGGGAAACAGCUCCAUGCAUACAUAAUGAGAGUGGGGUUUGAUCAAAACAUGUAUAUAGCUAGCUCACUUGUGGACAUGUAUGCCAAAUGUGGGAAGAUAAUGACUGCUAGAUGGAUUUUUGAUAGGAUGGAGAAUCAUGAUUCAGUUUCAUGGACGGCCAUAAUCAUGGGGUAUGCAUUGAAUGGUCAUGCCCGCGAGGCCACUAUUCUUUUUGAAAAUAUGCAACAUGAUAAGAUAAAGCCCAAUGCUGUGGCUUAUCUAGCUAUUUUAACUGCUUGCAGCCAUGCUGGUUUGGUUGAUGAAGAUCUUCUUGGUCGUGCUGGAAGAUUAAUGGAAGCUUAUAAAUUUAUCAAUGACAUGCCUAUUAAGCCCACCGGGAGUAUUUGGGCUACGCUGCUAUCAGCUUGCCGAGUUCACAAAAAUGUUGAACUGGCUGAAAAAGUUGCCAAAGAAAUGACUACAGCUGAUCCUGGGAACAUGGGACCUUAUCUGCUCUUGUCAAAUAUGUAUUCAGCGGCUGGGAGAUGGAAAGAUGCAUCAAAAUUAAGAACUAAUAUGAAGAAGAAAGGAAUGAGAAAACCACCAGCUUGCAGCUGGAUAGAAGUUGGGAACCAGGUGCAUGCUUUUGUCUCGGGAGACACAUCUCACCCAUAUUAUGAUCAGAUACAUGUAGCACUAAGAGAUCUUUAUGAACGCUUGAAACAAGAAGGUUACGUUCCUCAGAUUAGUGAGGCACUACAUGAUGUUGAUGAGGAGCAAAAGAGUGAUUUGCUGUAUACUCAUAGUGAACGGCUUGCGAUAGCAUUCGGCAUUAUUAGUACACCUGCUGGGACAACCAUUCGCAUAAUUAAGAAUCUCCGUGUAUGUGUAGACUGUCACACAGCCAUAAAGUUCAUAUCCAAAAUUAUGGGGAGAGAUAUAAUUGUUAGAGAUAAUAGUCGAUUUCACCUUUUCAAAGAUGGGAAUUGUUCAUGUGGAGACUACUGGUGAUGGAAACU